UUGAGGAUUGGAACUGCAAGGUCAUCACUUUGCGCAUUCCUAUUCAGAAAGUACGUUUUCUGUAGCAUUGAAUAUGUGAGAAGUGCAUGACAAAGUUCUCUGCGAAGGAGCAGCACACAGAACACACACUUCCCACACAGUCAAAAUGACAUCCUCCAACAACACCAUCCCACCCGAUGUAGCCGCCGUCCGCAAACACCGCAUGAACGGCGACCUCAUAAACGCCUUCAAGCGCCACGUCCCACCUGGCACAACCCCCUACGUUACCGGCAUCGGCCUCUACACGCAUGUGGAAGGACCCCCCUCACCCGAAGUCUUCCUACACCCACAACCAGAGUUCUUACCUCUAUUUCCGGCACCGCCAUCAUCCCAGCGCACACCGCUUUCCCCCGAAAUACAAAGCGUAUGGGAAGAACUCUGCGAAGUGAUGCACGAAGAAAAGCAAAUCAUCGGACAAAUGGAGUUGAGCCUUGUGGAGUUGCGGAAGAGGUACGAGGGCUUAGAUGUACCGGAGGGAUCGCACGCGCCGACUCGGGGUGGUGAGACGAGGGUCCGUGGUCUGGUGAGGCAGGAUAGUACGACUAUAGGGAAUGAGAAGGGGUUGGUAAGGCGCCGAUCAUCUGGUUUGGUGUCGAGUUUGACGACGGGCAUGCAGGAUGUUAGUAUGACAGGGACGGAGGAGCGGAGGAGGAAGUUGCCUCAAGGGACAAAGAUUUACGCGCCAGAUCCAAGAAAACAAGGACGUUGAGCGUGGGAAGGCAAUGGAGUGGGAUACUCUGUUAAACAAAGGCCUCUCAAACUUGUAUGUCACGCAGAGACAAAUAGAGAUACAGGUUACUAAAAGAACAUUCAAUUGCAGAAGCCAUGUAUGUGGUAGGAACUACAA